AUGUAUUUUGUGCUAGUUCUGUUUGUUUGUGCCUGGAACGUAGUGCACGGGCAAGAUAUAGACGCUAUGACGAACUUGCCCAAGUACGAUUCCAGGUACGACUAUUUGGACGUGGACGCUCUGUUCAAUAGCAAAAGAUUAGUGAGGAAUUAUGUGGACUGUCUAAUUAACUCGCACCGUUGCUCGCCAGAGGGGAAAGCAUUGAAAAGAUUACUUCCGGAAGCUUUAAGGACAAAAUGCGUGCGCUGCACCGAACGUCAGAAGAAGACAGCGGUCAAAAUAAUAAAACGACUGAAACAGGAAUAUCCUGAUGAGUGGGCUAAGUUGGCUUCAAAAUGGGACCCCACCGGUGACUUCACGAGAUACUUCGAGGUGUUCCUGGCUAACGAGUAUUUCAACACAAUUUCCGGAUCUGGUGUUGAAAGCGCGUCCAGUUCUGAGCCGCCACCACAGCCGCCACAGCCACCGCUACCGCAGCCUAACGUGUUGUCAGUGUUGCCAGCUACGCCAGCGAAUUCCCGCCCUUCGCCAGCUCCGACGCUUAUUCCCACUACGGCCGAUGUUCGACCGCCCACGCCCGCCCCUUCUACACCGCUGCGUCCCCUGCUACUAAACAGGUUCGCUGAUGACGGUGAGCUGAUGAUGAGCAGUCCAUCGUCUGCUGUGGCAACGCCCCGACCGACCAUUGGGCCAAUGACCUCGAGGCCUACCAUCACCACGAGACCUAGACCCACGCCGAUGGAUUGGGCAAUGGUGGGGUCGGACGUCAUGCCCACCAAAUUCACAUUGCGCCCAAUAACGGACAUACCGCCGCCGUACUCCACAGCCAUAACCCUCAUAGACCAGAUUGGGAAUAAAAUCAUAAAGACAACAGAGCUCGUCGCCGAUAUUUUAAGGAAUACCGUGCGCGCUGUCGUCGGA